GAGUCGGGCCAGAGCCCCGUGUGGAAAAUGAAAGGGGGACAGAGAGGUCGAUUCCCACAAUGGUGGCCACGUCACUGACAGUUCACACGUGUCGAUUCUCGGCUGGGCUUCUUUUUCUUCAGAUUCUUCACUCUGCCUCCAAGGAGUCGCAGAGCAGCACCAAUUUAGCCGGCCAUGGUCUCCAAGGCGACCGACUCUCCCUCCAAAUCCAGAAAAUCAAAUGGAGAAAACUCUGGUGGCGGCAUAGGAAACUUGACAUAUAAGUUAAAUCAGCUCAAAAAGCAAAUUCAAACAGAGAGAAAUGCUUCAAUAAAGGAAAAAGUUGAGAAGAACAGAAAGAAGCUGGAGAGUCAUAUUUCGGAGAUUUUGUCAGCUACAUCAUGUAGGAAUGUAAUAUGUGUGGAGGAGAAUGGAUUUGGUAAAGUGCUUUCUUCAAGAAUUGAAAUUCCUCUUUGUAAGUAUUCUGGAUUUGCUCAAGGCUCAGGAGAUAGAGACUAUGCUACCGGACAUGAAGUUCAAUCUUCAACAAAUGCAAAGCUUCCGUAUAUUGAGAAGUUGCCACCUUAUACAACCUGGAUAUUUUUGGACAAAAAUCAGAGAAUGGCUGAAGAUCAAUCUGUUGUGGGGAGGAGACGUAUAUACUAUGACCAACAUGGCAGUGAAGCCUUGAUCUGUAGUGACAGUGAGGAAGAUGUUGCAGAGCCUGAGGAAGAAAAACAUGAAUUUUCUGAGGGUGAAGAUCGUAUUUUAUGGACUGUCUCUCAGGAAUUUGGACUAGGUGAGGAAAUACUGCAGGCUGUCAGCCAGUUUAUUGGAGUUGGCAUUUCUGACAUCAAGGAACGGCAUGGCAUACUCACCAAGAAAUACAGUGACCAAAAUGCCAAAGAUUCUGAGGACUCUGGAUCUGAGAAGGGUAUAUCUUUGGAGAAGAGCCUCAGUGCCGCUUUAGAUUCUUUUGAUAAUCUAUUUUGCCGCCGUUGCUUGUUAUUUGACUGUCGUCUUCAUGGCUGUUCUCAAACUUUAAUAAAUCCUACUGAAAAACAGCCAUAUUGGUCUGAAUAUGAAGAUGACAGGAAACCUUGCAGCGAUCAGUGUUACCUCCGGUUAAGAGCUGUCGAAGAUGUUCCAGAAGGUUUAGGUGGCAAUGCAUUGCAUGGAGCGAAGACUACAACUUUAGAAGAGAAAGACCAGGCUGCAACCUCUGAUGCCAAAGAGCCAAUAACUGAUGUUGGUGCAGAUCUCAUGCAAGAUGAAAGAGGCAUCUCUGAAGAAGUGAAGUCUGUUGCUUUAGAAUGUAUUUGUGACUCAGAAGGUGCUGCUGAAGCUCAAAAUUUGGAGAUAUCUUCCAUACCAAUAGAUAACCAUGAAAUUUCUGGAAAGCGAAAGGCCUCCCAAGAAGGAAAUGCACCAUUAGAUGACUCUAUAUACUGUUCUGAUUCUGUAAGUAAGAAACAAAAGACUGUAUUGGCUGUGUAUGUGGCUACAAAGUCAUCUGAAGCUAUACCAAGUCCAGAUGACACUUCCAGUUCUAAAAGUAGUAACCAUCAUGUUGUUGCACUUAAUGAAAAGGAAGCUCAAACUACAGCCAAAAACACCCAAAAUGAAUCUGGUGAAUACGCAUUAGAAACGUUUGCCUGUCCUGCUACUGUAUCCAGUGAUGAAACUGUGGAUAACUUACGAGAUGGAGCCAAAGAUGUUACAGAGGUGCCCGAAUUGAAGUGGUCAUCUUCUGAGUGGAAACCUAUUGAGAGAGAACUGUAUCUGAAGGGAGUAGAGAUAUUUGGGAGAAACAGUUGCCUUAUAGCCAGGAACUUGCUUUCUGGUUUGAAGACUUGCAUAGAGGUAUCGAGUUACAUGUGUGAUAGUGGAGCUUCAACACUUAAUAGAACCAUCAUGACAAGUUCAUUUUUGGAAGAAAAUGGGAAAUCCGAAUCAGAUUAUAUGGAGCAAGAAAUGUCAACAAGACCACGAUUGCUUCGUAGAAGGGGUAGAACACGGAAGCUUAAGUAUUCUUGGAAAUCUGCUGGCCAUCCAUCAAUUUGGAAAAGAAUCGCAGAUGGAAAAAAUCAGUCUUGCAAGCAAUAUACUCCAUGUGGAUGCCAAUCAAUGUGUGGAAAGCAGUGCCCUUGUCUGCACAAUGGAACUUGCUGUGAAAAGUAUUGUGGAUGCUCAAAGAGUUGCAAAAACCGGUUUAGGGGAUGCCACUGUGCAAAGAGCCAAUGCAGAAGCCGGCAGUGCCCAUGUUUUGCUGCUGGACGUGAAUGUGACCCAGAUGUUUGCCGGAAUUGUUGGGUUAGUUGUGGUGGGGGUUCGUUGGGUGAGCCACCAAAACGAGGAGAUGGUCAGUGUGGAAACAUGAGGCUGCUUCUAAGGCAACAGCAGAGAAUCCUCUUGGCAAAAUCUGAUGUUGCUGGGUGGGGAGCCUUUCUCAAAAAUUCUGUCAACAAAAAUGAUUAUCUUGGAGAAUAUACUGGUGAAUUGAUCUCGCACCGAGAAGCAGACAAACGUGGGAAAAUUUAUGAUCGUGCAAAUUCAUCAUUCCUUUUUGACUUGAAUGAUCAGUAUGUCCUCGAUGCUUAUCGCAAAGGAGACAAAUUGAAAUUCGCAAACCACUCUUCUAACCCAAAUUGCUAUGCCAAGGUAAUGUUGGUAGCUGGGGAUCAUCGAGUAGGCAUUUUUGCCAAGGAGCGCAUUGAAGCUAGUGAGGAGCUCUUCUAUGAUUAUCGUUAUGGCCCAGAUCAAGCACCUGCAUGGGCUAGGAAGCCUGAGGGUUCCAAGAGAGAUGACACGUCAGUCUCUCAAGGUAGAGCAAAGAAACACCAGUCUCAUUGAUGCACUUUUGACUGGUUUAGCAUGUGCAUCUGGUCUAUAUUAUCUUCAGUUUCUUUCCCAUCUUCGUUUCUUCAUAAGCAAGCAUAUAUGAAAUUGUCAUUUUGUGUGUAUAGUUGCAUAAGUGUUGUCCUACAGAUGUUAGGGUCAAGGAAUUAGAUAGAAAUAAGGUUUAAGCAUUUAUUAUGCCAACAAAGCUAGGUAUCUAACAAUAAAAGUAUAGGAAUUGGUGGGAGAAAGCGUGUAUCUUAAAGAAAUAAUAAUGGGACGUUUCUCUUUCUUAAUAGCUAUUUACAUUUUCCGUAUGCA